AAACAUGAUUGCUCAAUUGCAGCUCCUUCACAACCGCCCUCUCAGUUCACUGUAUUUGUGAACUCUUCAACCAGCAUCACAGCUUCAUGGCAGUUACCUCCAGUAGGCUCCAGACAUGGAAUCGUCAAAGGAUAUAAAAUAUUCUAUAAAAAGAAAGGCUCAGGUUUUGCAACCACCCUGACACUAGACAAUGGAAACACGUCAAGAAGAGUUACCAAGCUUGAUGAAUACACUGAAUAUGAAUUUCAAGUGUUGGCCUUCACUUCUGCUGGUGAUGGACCAAACAGUUCUUCUGUUUUCAGAACAACAAUGGAAGAUGCUCCUAGUGCACCUAUAUCUUUGUCUUCUGUUGAUGUGCCACCCAGCAAUUUGCAUGGUCCAAAAAUAACCUUAACCUGGAGCGAGCCUGCAGAGCCAAAUGGAGUUAUCAGAAGUUACACUUUGUUUUACAGCCACGAUGGAGUUGCACCAAGAGAGAUUUCUGGAAUAGGCAAAGAUGCAUUGAAUCACACACUCGAUGUGUUAGGUGGAGUGACUUAUCGGUUUGAUGUCAGAGCUGUGACAAUUAAACCUGGACCAAAUAGGACGAUUACUGUAAUGUCCAGGGAAUAUGAGCCCAGUCGUGGACCAGAAGGGAUAUCCUCAUCCGCAGUGAACUCCAGAAAAAUCAAUAUAACUUGGCUUGGACUGUCAAGGGAAGUAGCCUAUGGCACUAUCAUAAACUAUGAAGUCAGGCUUAGUGUAGAAGAAAACUGUACAGAGAUUCAGUCUUCAUAUCCUUCAACUAUUAACACCACCGCUACUUAUAUUCUCGUAACUGGACUCUCCUUGUGUGCCAAGUAUGCAGUGUCUGUAAGAGGCUACACUGCAGUGGGGCCCGGACCCUAUAGCAGAUCUGUUAUGGAACAGAUAUUUCGUAAUCCCGUCAUCAAAGACCUCCCAAAAAAAACCGUUGUAGCACUCAACGAACUGGUAGUGUUGACAUGUGAGGUAAAUGGAGACUCUGAAGUUUCUGUAACCUGGACUAAGGAUGGACUCACCAGUAUACCUCGCGCUCAGUUCAAAAACAGUGGCAAAAUACUUGUUAUACAGAAUGUUGUUCCUGGUGACAGUGGCGUUUAUGAAUGCAUAGCUAUGAACAGAUUUGGAGACAGCCGUACAGCUUCGACGCUCAUUGUCGCUGUUCCACCUAGCAUUAUAAAAGAAGUUUCGCCUUCUUCAGUGAUGUGUGAAAAGCAAACUCCGUGUCUUGUCUCGUGUCAAGCAACAAGUUACAUUCCAUUUAACUACUCAUGGACGAAAGAUGGCCAGGUUCCCACUGGUGAUGGCAUCAAGUUAAUGAAUAACAGUAUCAUUGUCACGCCACGGGAUGCACAAGAUUAUGGACAGUAUGUGUGUCACGCUACAAACAGCUUUGGAUCAACAAAGUACCAAAUCACUCUACUUGCUCCUAAGGAUACUCAACAUAAUGACGGAACACAAAGCAUCCUUCUAGCUAUUGUCAUCGCAUUGUGUUGCCUUGUGGUUGUGUCACUCAUUAUGAAUGGUGUGUUCAUAUGGCAGCGGAGACGAGCUGUCAAAUCUUCACCCGAUCAACAGUCAAGCGAUCAACAAGCUUCAGUCCCAAGUUUAUAUAUGGAACUCAAACCCAGGCCUACGAACCAGCAGUCUCAUGUACCAACUGAGUAUCAGUCGUUACCGGAAAAACCCGGAAAUCCCGGAUAUUGCAAUGUGGUAUUUCAGAGAGAAAACGGUGGGAAACAAAAUGAUGAAAUCUAUGAGGAAAUAUGAAAACCCUACAGAAGAUGUUCUUGUCUCGCUAAAAGGAGCUUUGAGUACUUUGGUAAUACUAUACACGGCACGCAUUUGAAGUUUCGACCUACUCACCGUUGUCACGGUUACUGUUACUUUCAUGAUUUCGCGUACGGUGCGGUUAUCUAUCAUCUAUGAAGAGAAAACAUGUGAUCACAAUUGCUUCCUCAGUAGAUGCAGCUAGGGAGUGCAGUCUGUUUACUUCAAGAACAGACAUUGCUGCAAUUGGUUUCUCAUCAAAGUACUUUCAUGGUCAUUUUAAGGUAGUGGAGCCUUACGGGCCUCCUUAGCUUGUAACAACCUUCGAUUGAGUCAAUUCGAAUUCAAUACUAAAAUCUUUGUUAUAUUUACAUGUAUCCACGUGACUACCGUAUAUAUUUUGCGUUUGAUUUGUGUAAAAUGCUUUACGAGGAAUCACAUAUACCUGGAUCGAAGCAUUUAGUUUUAACCUCGAACGAGAGGUAAAUGAAAUUCUAAACUUUGGGUGAGGUUCCCAAAUUAAACAAAACUCUUAAAAGACGAUCACACGUAAAAUUACUCUGCAUAACAAAACCUUAUUAAUUUUUUUUCAAUCUUCUGUUAGCAGCAUGAAAAUUUGAAUUUAAGUCAUGGUGGGUUCUGAGCCAGAAGUAACAAUAAAAAUAGAAAAUAAUUAGUGGACAUGUUUAGAGUCAUUAGAUGUAAACAUGGAGCAAAGCGUUAAAACUUGAUAGUUUUAGCUACCAUUGAAAGUUGUUCCUUAUAUUUUACCUUUUAAAGAGGGUUCUACAGUUUGAGUCGUUUACGGGAAAUUAGGAACGUUGUAAAUGUAUUUUUAUAAACAGGAAAUUCUUCUUCACUUUAAAUACAAUAUAUUGUUGUUCACUUUUACCCUAAGGCAAUGCAAUAAUGUUAGACUACAGAAUAUUAGUGUUCAGUGUUUGUAGAUAACUGUAUAGGAGAUUGUAGAGCGUUUGCACUUCAUAAACAAUUUUUAAGAUAAUAGAGUAUUUACGAAUUGAAGAAAAUGCUUGGUAAGAUUUUUCCAAGGUAAUAACAUAUGAAUAAGUAUUAAAUGUACAGAAGUAACAAAACAAUUGUAGAUAAUGGAGUAAAACGUUUUCACGAAAAGACGUAUCUGACCUUGGCAUACCAA